GUAUAAAUUUCAUUAAACCCCAUCUGAAUAGAAAUGACCGAAUCGAAGCCCUAGCCGAGUCGACGCCACGCCCUAUAUAUCUAGUCGGGAAAGGAGCACAGAAAGAGAAUCAACUCCAGACAAUCGAACAUGAUUAUCCCAGUUCGUUGUUUUACCUGCGGCAAGGUGAUUGGAAACAAAUGGGACACAUAUCUUGACCUUCUCCAGUCGGAUUACUCCGAAGGAGAUGCUCUUGAUGCGUUGGGGUUGGUUCGUUACUGCUGUAGGCGAAUGCUUAUGACUCAUGUUGACCUCAUUGAGAAGCUUCUGAAUUACAAUACUUUGGAGAAGAACGAAAACAGUUGAUGAAUGGAUUACAAUUGACCAGAAGUUGGUUUUACACAGUGUCAUGUUACCCUUUUUUCGGUCGUUGUGCCUGUCCUUAUCUUACCUGUUUUGUUCAGCCAGAUACAGGGGAAAUAUAUAUAGAAUGGGUUCGAGUAGAUUAUGUUGAUUUAGCUUCCAUCAUGAAUUGUCUUGACGUGUAAUGUAUGAAUGUAUCUACUAAAUCAAAAUGUUUGUUAUCAGA